AUGUCCUCUGCGCCGUUGCUGAUCCCCCCGACGCCGGCGAUGGCCCCGUCACCGAGCACGUCCCUCUCGCCCUCUUCCGCUCCCACCACUCCUGCAUCGCCCUUGCCCCCAUCUGCCUUCCCUGCGCUCUCGCCCGAUGACCUCCCCGCAGUGCUAGCUGACCCCCAUGCCCUCAUCCUUGACAUCCGCCCUCACAAUGCCCACGCCGCCGCCCGCAUUCCUGGCGCGCUCUCCCUCUCCGUCCCUUCAACCCUCCUCAAACGACCCACCUUUGCGCUUGCACGCCUCGCCCCCAUGCUUCCAGCCCCCGCCUCUCGCGCGCGCUUUGCUGGGUGGGCAUCUGCCGCGCGCAUUCUCGUGUACGAUUCGGACGCACCCGGGCUCGCAGAGCGACCUGCGCUGCUCGGGCUCCUGCGCAAGUUCCGCGCAGAGGGAUUCCCUCACGCGCGCGAGGUCGCGUGGUUGCGCGGCGGGUUUAACACCGUUUGGCGCGAGCGUCCCGAUCUGCUCGACCACACACCGCCUCCCGAUGACGACGCCGAGGAAGACGAGCUUGGUGAACUCCUCUCCCCGCCAGCACUUACGGUCACCCCAGGCCUCGUUCUCCCGUCUGGCCUCCCAGAGGACAUGUCCAGAAGCACGAGCGCACCCGCGCAUAUGUCCACGUUUGGGUCGCACAAAGUCCUGCGCACAAAGGGACUCUCCAAGAUCGCGUUCCUGGAGCCAUCGACGAUGGCACCGCCGCGCGCGUUCCGCGGUGCAGGUAGCUCGAGCCAAGUUCCUGAGACGCCUACCGUCACAUCUGCCUCGAUGAUCGACCCUUUUGCCACUAUUUCCACCACAGCUACGCCGACACCUGGACCGUCGUUGCUCGCUUCACGAGCAAAGUCUGCCGGCGCACCACCAGGAUCACUAGCUUUCAACCUCAAACUCCCCGGAAUGAGUCGUACCUCGGGGUCCAUCGCUGCCCCGCAGCGAGCCGGUGCACCCGGCGCGUUUGCGGGAGGAGAGGAGACGCAGUCGUUCCCGACGAUGGCGGGGGCGAGCAGCAUGCCGACACUGAGCCCGGUCGGAUAUCCAUCGGGGAUGAGCGGGCAGUCGCGGCCGAUGCAUCAUUCGAUGCCCUAUACGCGACCGGUUGCGGUGAAUCCGUUCUUCGACACGAUCAGGCAGAAUCUCGAGCUUGCGCGUGGCGCCGAGUCAGUAGGCGAGCGCGGUGCGGGCAUUGCGUUGCGGCUGCCAAGGCGCGUGCGCAGACGUGUAGGUGAUUUGCCGUUUGAGUGGCUUCGCGAGAUAGCGAGGCGGAGCGGGAAAGCGAAGGAGGGGAGUAGCAGUGACGAUAGUGGAGAGGAGGGUUGGAGCGAGGGCGAGAGCCAGAACCAGACUGUGAAUGGUGCAAAGGAGGUGAGUACACCGCGACGCGAGGUACCGCCGAGCCUCGGGUAUGCGCCGUACGUGCAGCAGCACAUGGGAGCAAAGCUUGUGCUGCCUGCGACCCUGCGCGCGUUAGAGCCGAGGUCGACGUCGCCGCCCACGUCCCCUCCACAGUCCCCAUCGAAGAAGAAACAUGUCUCACCAACGCAUUCCCGGCAGAAUUCGUACUCCCAUGGACGUGCACAUUCACAAUCGAACCCUGAGCCCCGCAUCCUGGUGCAGCCACAUCCCGUGCCUGCAGACUCACCACACAGGCAGAAACGCAGGCAACGCGCAAAGCCGAAGCCGCUCGUGGAGAGCGAAUCGAUGUCGUCGCCCGCGGGCGAGUCUAGCGCGGAGACGAGCCAGAGCCCUUCUGGUGCAGACGAGCUCACGCGCGCACUGGAGCUACAGUUUUACCGUAUCGAGCUCGGAGAGCAGCGCCGCCUGAUGGGCGUCAUGGAACACCAUAGCAUGGAGAGCGCGACAGGGCUGGGUCAAGGUCACAGUGUCGUAGGAGGCGCGGUGGGAGGAUUCAGUGUCAGUGCGGCGGGAGUGGUUGCAGUCAGUCCGAAUGUCGUUAGGGGAGGGGCGAAGGUGGGGAACGAGCGCGAGGGUGGGGAAGAAGCGAAGGCGAAGGUGGUGUUUCCGUUCAGCAUCACUGCGGGCUUGGAGAAGGGGAACAAGAAUCGCCGCAUUUGGCCAUUUGAGCAUGCACGGGUGCGCCUGCGCAAGGUGCACCCGGAUGACGAUGACUAUAUGAAUGCAAGCUAUGUUCAGCCGCUGGGAACAAAGAAGCGGUACAUUGCAACACAGGGUCCAUUACCGACGACCUUUACCGAUUUUUGGACGUUGUGCUGGGAGCAGAAUGUGCAUGUCAUCGUCAUGCUCACGCGCGAGGUUGAGGGCGCGGCGGUCAAGAGCGGCAAGUACUGGGAAGGCAGCGAAUUCGGGCCUCUCAGACUGAAGCUCCUUGCGACGGACGACACCCCCGAACGCGAGCGCUACCGCCGUGAGAGCGAGAUGAACGCCGGGUUUUUCGGAGCACAUGCAGCAGCGCAGAAGAGGCGCCAGCCGAAACGCAAGGACGGCGAGGACGAGCACCGGAGUAUCGUCCGCCGCAUCUUCCAGCUCAAGCAUACGGGACACCCGAAUGCCCCUCCGCGCAUCGUGACGCAGCUGCAGUACUUGGAGUGGCCAGACAUGAAUGUCCCGGACGACCCGCAUGGAGUGCUGAGGCUGAUCCGAGAAGUCGAGGAGGCGGUUGCGCGUGCGCGGGUGGCCGGUGACAGGUGCUGGGGAGAGGGGCCGCUGCAUCAGGGCCCGUGGCCUGCCCGACUUUCGGUGCCCACGCCCUCGCCGCCUAGGAGCGAUGCGGGGACGCCUGAGGAUAGCAUCUUGGAAGGUGACAACGAGGUGGAGCCGACGACGGGCAUCGCGCGGCGUGCACUGCGCAACCCGCCGGUACUGUUGCAUUGCUCGGCGGGAGUUGGCCGGACGGGCGGGUUCAUUGCUGUCGACGCGAUUCUAGACGGCGUGCGCCGGGAGAUGAGGAAGCGGAAGGAGGAGACACAGGCGGCGGCUGCGGCGUUGGCGGGCAGCGGAGGUGCGAGCGGAGAUGCGAGUGGGAGUGCAAGUGGGAGUAGGAUGACGGACUCGCGAUCUAGGUCGACGCAGAGCGGGAGUGGAAGCGGGUCGAGCAGUCGUGGAGAGCCGAUGGAGGUUGACUCGAGCCCGAGCCCCCCGGCGUCGAGCGAGGCGGCGGCUCCGUCGGUUUCAGAGCUGACCGUGCCCGUAUCGGUGGGCGAGAGCGAGGUGCAUGUUCGUGUCGCGGGGUUCGCACAGUCAGUCCCGAUGGAGGUGGACGACAGCAAGCGGCGGAUGGGCAUCCAGGGCGAGGGAGACAAGAGCAAGAGCCGGCGCUCGGGAAAAUCUGCCGGGUCGGCGUCUGGGGGACGCCAGGACGCGCCUCGGACCGUGGUGCCGGCGUCGACAGAGCUACUGGACGAAGUGCGGCGCGCUACGAUGUUCAGACUCCCGUCCGCGUCGAGCACGGCUACCAGCAACACCACCAAGACACAGGACACGUCGGAGACGGGUAGCUCAGACUCGUAUCGCGCGCCUUCGGGGUUGGAGUCUGGCUCCGGCUCUGGCACGUCAAUAAUCAGGUCGCGCUCGUCGACGAGUCCGCCGUCAAGCCAGACAGGGAGUGCAACAAGUUUGUCGGCGGCAAUGACAAGCAAGACCGCGCAGAUGUCGUUGCGGAGUCCGUCCAAGUCGGCGCUGGUGGAUGCGCCUGCGCCGGUGAAGCUUGCGGGAUCGCGCGAGGGCGCUUUUGCGCUGCCGCCCGCGGCCAGCGCGUCGUCCUCACCGGAAGAGAAGGACCCCCCGCCCAGUCAACAUGCCAGCCGGCUCGAUACGUGGCGAUCAGAAGUCCAGACGUCGGGCUCGCCGCCUCGCGAGGAUGUGGACCCACGCUCUUCGUCGAAGUCGCCCGAGGUUUCGGAGCGGUCACCGGACGAUCAGGUGCGGGCGGAGGAGACGCCUGGUCAGUCUAUGUAUUUCCAGCGCGGGAAGACGGUCGACUACGCGCAACCGCGACAGCUGCAUGAGGAUUGGUCCCCGCCGCUGUUGUCGACAUUCGACGAGCCGGUCCGGAGGGUCAUUGAAGAUAUGCGCGAGCAGCGGAUGAGUCUGUGCCAGAGCCUGCGGCAAUACGUGUUUGUCCACCGUGCGAUCAUCGAAGGUGCGCUGAUGGUUGUUGACGAGGAGAGGGAUAGGGAGCGCCAGCGUAGAGAGCGGAAUGUGGCCGACUCGGUAAGUGAGGAAGACGAGACUGAGGUGCGGCAUUCGCGUGGCUCUAGUGAGGCUAUGGACCUUGAGUCGUCGGCGGGCGAUCACAAAGGAAACAGCACGGGUCGUGUCAAGAGGAUACAUCGCCUAGAGGAUCCUUUCGUGCAAGCAGACAAGGAGGUGGCUCGGAAACGCAGUCUCUCGGACUUCAUGCGGCAAGAUGCUGUUGUAUAUGACCAGUACCAUCAAGCCGGCGCAGCGUCGAUGAUUUCUCCUGGCAGACAGAAACGCGGUGCGAGUCCUACAGAGCUGCAGAAAGAGGGCAAGUCGGGCGAGGUAAUGCUCACGAAGAGGCCGAGUGUCAAGCGCAAGCCGUUGUCUGACGAGUCGUCCGUGGAGUUCGAGUUAAUGCCUCCGACGAGUGCUCGGUAG